UCUGUCAUCCUUAGAGGUCACAUUCAGGAAACAUUUUGUUUACUUUUGCAACUAUUACAUUAUUAUUAUUAUUAUUGUAAUUCAUAUUGUUACAAUUCACGUGACGUUGCAUAACAAAUAGACGGUGAUCGAAUGUGAAGCGCUUCGUUUCAGGAAGGGAUCGAUUUUGGUGGAGCAAAUCAUUGCUAGCUAGAGCUACAUUUUGGAACAACUACGAUUUGGUAUGAAUCUCAGAUAGCAACAACAACAACAAAACUACCGUGGUGCCCUUAACACAAUCAACUUGAACAAUUUAGAAAUUAAGCAAUUUGAUUACUGCCGAUUUUAAACUGCCGAUUUUUGACUGACAAUAAAACAAACAAUUAAUAAACGAAACAACCAAAAACCAAAAACAAAUAAACAAAGCAAAAUGGGACGAAAAAUUACGGUAGCUGUGUCAACUCUAAACCAAUGGGCACUCGACUUUGAAGGAAACAUGGUCCGAAUUCUGCAAUCCGUAUUGGAAGCCAAGGAUAUGGGAGCCAGCUAUCGAACUGGACCAGAGUUGGAAAUCUGUGGCUACAGCUGUGAGGAUCACUUUCGUGAACCGGAUACGUUUUUGCACUCAUGGGAGACGCUCUUGGAAAUUAUGAUGUCACCUUUUUGCGAAAACAUGCUUGUGGAUGUCGGGAUGCCAGUGAUGCAUCAAAAUGUUGCCUACAAUUGCCGAGUGGCGUUCUUCAAUCAGCAAUUGCUGCUGAUUCGUCCAAAGAUGGCAAUGUGUGACGAUGGCAACUACCGCGAAUCGCGCUGGUUUACCGCCUGGACAAAGGCCCUACAAACCGAGGACUUCAUAUUGCCACGCCUCAUCUCGCAGCACACUGGUCAGCAAACGGUUCCGUUUGGCGAUGCGGUUAUUGCGACUCGGGACACUUGCAUUGGCUAUGAGAUCUGCGAGGAGUUGUGGAAUGUGCGCAGCAAACAUAUCGAGAUGUCAUUAUCGGGCGUCGAAAUCAUCGUCAAUGGAUCCGGCAGCUAUAUGGAGUUGCGAAAGGCGCACAUCACCGCCGAUCUCAUACGGAAUGCCAGCUUCAAGGCGGGCGGUGCAUAUUUGUUUAGCAAUUUGCGUGGCUGCGAUGGACAACGUGUUUACUUCAAUGGCUGCUCGGCGAUUGCGUUGAAUGGCGAACUGAUCGCGCGUGGCAAACAAUUUGCCCUGCAGGAUGUUGAGGUCACAUUGGCCACCAUCGAUCUAGAGGACAUUCGGGCAUAUCGCGUCAGUCAGCGAUCGCGUUGCAUAACAGCGGCUCAGGCGGCGACUUAUCCGCGAGUUCGUUGCGACUUUGCGCUGUCCACGAACAGUGAUCUGCUGAAAUCGCCAACGCCUCCAAUUCAGUACACCAGUCAGACCAUUGAGGAGGAGAUUGCGCUGGGUCCAGCGUGCUGGCUCUGGGACUACUUGCGUCGCUCAGGACAAGGAGGAUUCUUCCUGCCGCUCAGCGGUGGCGUUGACUCGAGCAGUUCGGCAACGAUCGUUUACUCGAUGUGUCGCCAAAUCGUUCACGCUGUGCAACAGGGCGAUGCCCAAGUGCUGUACGACAUACGCAAGAUCCUCGCCGAUAGCGAUUAUACGCCGGACAAUGCGGCGGCACUUUGCAAUCGAUUGCUCGUCACCUGCUUCAUGGGCAGCGUGAACAGCAGCAAGGAGACGCGACGUCGCGCCGCUCAAUUGGCCAAUCAACUGGGCAGCUAUCACAUUGAGAUCAGCAUUGAUCUGGCUGUGAAUGCGCUGCUGGGCAUCUUCAACGUGGUCACCGGACUGACGCCAGUCUUUCGCACCCAAGGCGGCUGUGCUAGGCAAAAUCUGGCUCUGCAGAACAUUCAAUCCCGUAUUCGCAUGGUGCUGGCCUAUGUGUUUGCCCAGCUGAUGUUGUGGGUGCGCAAUCGGCCAGGUGGUCUGCUUGUCUUGGGCUCCGCCAAUGUGGAUGAGUCGCUGCGAGGCUAUUUAACCAAAUACGAUUGCUCCUCGGCUGAUAUUAAUCCCAUUGGCGGCAUAUCAAAGACGGAUCUGAAGCGAUUCCUCAAAUACGCCAAGGACAAGUACAAUCUGCCCAUCCUUGAGUCGAUCAUAGAGGCCCCGCCCACAGCCGAAUUGGAGCCAUUGCAGGAGAACGGAGAACUCUUGCAAACCGAUGAGCAGGACAUGGGCAUGAGCUAUGCCGAGCUGAGCGAGUUCGGACGCUUGCGCAAACAAUCGUUUUGCGGUCCUUACAGCAUGUUCUGCAAGCUGGUGGCCACCUGGAAGGACGAUCUCAGUCCCAAGGAGGUGGCCGAUAAGGUGAAGCACUUCUUUCGCUGCUACGCCAUCAAUCGCCAUAAGAUGACGGUGUUAACCCCUUCGGUGCAUGCCGAGACCUACAGUCCCGAUGACAAUCGAUUCGAUCAUCGGCCAUUCCUUUAUCGCGCCAACUGGAGCUGGCAAUUCAAGGCAAUCGAUGAUGAGAUCAAUAAAAUGCAGCCUGUCUACACUCCCUCAUCGACGCAACAACGACCCAGCAGCGAUGACUUGCUUCUCUCGCAUGAUACUUGCACUCAACACUCGUUUCACAUCGAUGAUUCAAAGCACUCAUCGCCCUUGUCAUCUGCGUCACUCGAUUUGGGGGUUUCCAGCGCAGUGUUGCCCCAGUGUAUUGAUAAUCCACCAGUCACUGGGAAAAAGCCAAGCGGCUUUUCCAAGGUCCAUGUCAAUGUGCUUGGCAAGAUAAAAGAUCGUACUGGAAUUCCAGUUUAGGAAUCGUUAAGCUUUAGCUAAAUUGUAAAUGGAGAACGGUCGAUGGUCGACUUUCGUUUUGUCUGUCCAUCGAUAGUUAUUAAUGGUGCCCUUCAUGCGUGAGUCUUUGUAAAAUUUCCAAAAUUAUUUCAAUUUCAAUUGAGUGUUUUAUUUGAACUACUAAAAUUGUCGAUGCCGUCGAUAGUUUUUCGCCUAUUUGUCCGAGACCAGAUACCCUGUUAGUGUCUUAACUACACCGCCAUACAUAUUUAAUUUAUGUUAUGUUAAAAGUCAUUUAAAAGUCUAGUACAUACAUACAUACUAUGUACAUAGAUAUAUACAUUAUAGAUUAAGUAGCAAAGGCUUAUGCACACUACAAAGAACAAAGAACACCAUAUUGAGUUUGUGUCUAUUAGAUAUCUAGAGAAUUCGGAAUUCUUGUCAAUUUUAUACCGAUCGAAGUAGAUAAUAUAUACAUAUAUAUAUUUUAUUCAAAAAGAACAACACUUUACACUCACUCUUAAUAGCAAAAUUUGAAAAGAUAUUUCAAUCAUUUCACGACUUUAAUUCAAUACAAUUAUCAUACCCAUUUAUUACAAAUCCAAUUUUUGAAGUUUUUUAACGAUUAGUGAUAAAUUUUCUAAGAGAAUUAAACUCCAAUUGACAACAAAAAUUAUGUGUACGUACAUAUAGCACAAAUGUGUGUGUGACUAGCUUUGUAGCAGUUGGGGUUAGUUUGUGACUAUACACGUAACUAUAUACACGUAGACUAGCUGCUUAGUCAAUCCUCGGCCGGAAUUUUUGAAUGCAGUGAUUAGUAGGACUAGCUUAUGCACAAUAUACAAAUUAGAAUAAUACUACAACGAUUAGAAUUCAUUGCUUUCAUUAUUUUAUGUUGAAAUUCUUGAGCAAAACUUUUGAGAAUUUUGCAAACUGUUAACAAACCUCGCAGGCUCGUUAAAUAAUCACUUUGGCCUUAUUAAAUCGUUCAUUCAUUUCGAUAAAUGUUCUAAGUACCUUAAAGUCUAUGACACUUGAUAUAACAAGAAUUUUUUUUGCUUUAGUUCACUUAUUAUUCACAAACUUGUCUAAAACUAACUUCCUUUACAACGUCUUCUUUUUUGAUGAUUACAAUUUUUUAUUUUUAAUAUACAUUAUUUACUUUGCAAUUAUAAAUGCAAAUGCAUAAGACAUUUAAAAUGACAAGAGAUUAGUAUCAAACUAGAGCACAUUUCAUAUUCCAUUAAAAUAUUGUUCAUCAUAUCAGAUUGUUACAAAAAUAAUCAUUUCAUUUCUUUUUUAUACGUUGUUGA